AUGACCUGCGGAUCAGGAUUCCGUGGCCGCGCCUUCAGCUGCGUCUCUGCCUGCGGACCUCGGCCCGGCCGCUGCUGCAUCACGGCCGCCCCCUACCGUGGCAUCUCUUGCUACCGCGGCCUCACCGGGGGCUUUGGCAGCCGCAGCGUCUGCGGGGGCUUCCGUACUGGCUCCUUUGGCCGCAGCUUCGGGUACCGCUCCGGCGGCGUGGGCGGCCUCAGCCCUCCCUGCAUCACCACCGUGUCAGUCAAUGAGAGCCUCCUCACGCCCCUCAACCUGGAGAUCGACCCCAAUGCGCAGUGUGUGAAGCAAGAGGAGAAGGAGCAGAUCAAGUGUCUCAACAACAGAUUCGCUGCCUUCAUCGACAAGGUGCGCUUCCUGGAGCAGCAGAACAAGCUGCUGGAGACCAAGCUGCAGUUCUACCAGAACCGCCAGUGCUGCGAGAGCAACCUCGAGCCCCUGUUCAAUGGCUACAUCGAGACGCUGAGGCGGGAGGCUGAGUGCGCAGAGGCCGACAGCGGGAGGCUGUCCUCGGAGCUCAACAGCCUGCAGGAGGUGCUGGAGGGCUACAAGAAGAGGUAUGAGGAGGAAGUCGCUCUAAGAGCAACAGCCGAGAAUGAGUUUGUGGCUCUGAAGAAGGAUGUGGACUGUGCCUACCUCCGCAAAUCAGACCUUGAGGCCAAUGUGGAGGCCCUGAUUCAGGAGAUUGACUUCCUUCGGCGACUAUAUGAGGAGGAGAUCCGAGUUCUCCAAGCCCACAUCUCAGACACCUCGGUCAUCGUCAAGAUGGACAACAGCCGGGACCUGAACAUGGACAACAUUGUGGCUGAGAUCAAGGCUCAGUAUGAUGACGUUGCCAACCGCAGCCGGGCCGAGGCUGAGAGCUGGUACCGCAGCAAGUGUGAGGAGAUCAAGGCCACAGUGAUCCGACACGGGGAGACCCUGCGUCGCACCAAGGAGGAGAUCAAUGAGCUGAACCGCGUGAUCCAGAGGCUGACGGCUGAGGUUGAGAAUGCCAAGUGCCAGAACUCCAAGCUGGAGGCUGCAGUGACCCAGGCAGAGCAGCAGGGCGAGGCAGCCCUCACUGAUGCCAAGUGCAAGCUGGCAGGGCUGGAGGAGGCCCUGCAGAAGGCCAAGCAGGACAUGGCCUGCCUGCUCAAGGAGUACCAGGAGGUGAUGAACUCCAAGCUGGGCCUGGACAUUGAGAUCGCCACCUACAGGCGACUGCUGGAGGGCGAGGAGCAGAGACUGUGUGAAGGCGUUGGGUCCGUGAAUGUCUGUGUCAGCAGCUCCCGCGGCGGGGUCGUCUGCGGGGACCUCUGCGUGUCGGGCUCCCGGCCGGUGACGGGCAGCGUCUGCAGCGCCCCGUGCAGCGGGAACCUGGCGGUGAGCACCGGCCUGUGCGCGCCCUGCGGCCCCUGCAAUUCCGUCACGUCUUGCGGCCUGGGCGCGAGCGGCGUGGGCUCCUGCGGCAUCAGCUCCUGCGGCGUGGGUUCCUGCGGCAGCGUCUGUCGCAAAUGUUAG